AAACGUCACCUUCGAGAUCACCCAGCUUCGACACAGCAUGACUUGGAUCUCCAAAACCGUAACCGUAACUGGUCUUGUUCUUCUUGCGCACGCGUGCUACUCUGCGCAGGAACACUCGGCCAUCUCAUCAGCAUCCGUGCACCAUGGCCAGCCGCAACCGCUCGCAACACACUCCCUUCCAAUCGAUAUCUCCAUCGAAGCCUUGGUAGCAACCUUGGUAGUCGUUUUGGGUCUGGUUAUGGGAACACCGCAGCUUCGACCGAUCAAGUGGCAUGAGUGGGCUGGAAAGAUUGAGCGCGAAGGAGAGGCUGGUUUUGUGAAUGGCAGUGGUGAGGUGGAGAAGGACUACCGCGGAAACCCUUUCAGUUUACUUGAGACGCGACCUGGAUUCAUCGAUAUUCGUAAACAACGACGCGAAUUUACGAACUGGGUUAAGGCUGAGGAGAAGUAAGGACAGCAAUUUGUAUAUUUGGUACAAUACAAAUGACACUUCUUGCUCCUGCCAUCCUACAACACCAAUACCAUGAUGGCGUCGUCUAGCGACGCAGAGAAUUAUGUGAC